AUGCUCUUUCUCCAAGGACCGAACAUUGUCUCCAGUCUACUCGGGGUUCUACUUCACUUUCGUCAGAAAAAUUUUGCGGGUAAUAAGGAUACUGAGGGUAUUUUCUUGCAGGUUAAAGUUCCAGAAUCAUAUCAGACGGCUCUCAGAUUUCUAUGGUGGUCUGACGGUGAACAAGCUCAACGAGUUGAGGAGUAUUGUAUGACAGUUCAUCCGUUCGGAGCGGUCUCCUCACCACUUAGUGCGAGUUUUGCUUUGAGAAAGACAGCUAAUUUUUACGGCCACGAUCGUCCUUCCUCGACUACCGAUGCAGUUCAAGGCAGCUUUUAUGUGGAUGACUUGCUGUUGUCCGUCGAUAAUCAGAUCGAAGUACGUAUCACGAUCAGUGGCCUGACACAACUGCUAAGUUGUGCCAGAUUCAAAUUGACUAAGUGGGCUAGUAACCAGCGAGAAGUUUUGAUUCAGAAUCCUUCUGACGAUAACAAUGUUUCCGUUGAGGAAUUAUCUGAGGGUACGCUUCCUAUAGAAAAGGCCCUCGGUCUGGCUUGA